AUGAGAUUUCCCAGCAAAGCGAAACUGACAGCGGAGAUAUUUCAGGGCCAAAAUGAGAGCAGGUCUCUGGUCGGACGCUUCCCGGGGUCGGGGGUGGACGGGUGUCUGGGAAUGGGGGUCAGAGCUGGCGCUGGCCACUGGCCGGGCCAUCCUGGGAGCCGGUCCGAGGGGGAAGGGCCCGGGAACCCGCCAGGGCCGCCGAAGGGAAGCGAGAACGGGGGGCACCCAGCCUGGCCCCGCUCCCCCGCAGAUGAGGUGACCGAGGCCCAGAGAAGCGAAGCGGCUCGCCCGAGGUCGCCCGGCCGAGGAGCGCGGAGCCGACCGGUCCUCGGCCUCCCAAGCCCGUGCCCCCCGCCGCUAGGCCGCCCGGCCCCGAUGCCCGCCGGACGGACCGCCAACCGGGCCCUCUUGAGUCCGGCCUUCCCUUCCUCUCCUCCCUCGCCUCCGGAAGAGGCCUCCGUGCCACCCCGGGCCUCGCCGACCACCAUGACCGAGGAGCGGUGCCCGGCCCGCGGCUAGCCGGGCGGGGACGGUCCGUGCCCUCCGACUGCGGCCCUUCCGACCUUCCGAGGAGGCCCAAACUGCCCAGGCGCGGACCCCGGCCUCGUCCUUGACCCCUCUGCCCCUCGAACACAACCCUCGCUUUUCCUUUGGGCGGGAAAGGCCCUCGAACACGGCCCCCACGCUACUUUUGGGCGGUAAAGGCCAUCCCGGGAGCGGUUAAGACCUCAGCACACAGUCGCAGACGGUCCGGGAUAUCUGCCCCUCGAACACAAACCCCACUUUUGUGCGGGAAAGGCCCUCGAACGCAGCGUCCACGCUUUUUUGGACAGAAAGGCCGUCCAGGAGCGGUCAAGGGCUCAGCACACGGUCGCAGGUGAUCACCCCUCGACAACUGGGGAUAUCUGCCCCUCGAACACAAACCCCACCCUACUUUGGGGCGGUAAAGGCCAUCCCGGGAGCGGUUAAGACCUCAGCACACAGUCGCAGACGGUCCGGGAUAUCUGCCCCUCGAACACAAACCCCACUUUUGUGCGGGAAAGGCCCUCGAACGCAGCGUCCACGCUUUUUUGGACAG